AUGGUCACUGUCAUCAAGAACGUUGUUGUCGUCGGCGGAUCGUACGUCGGAAUCGAGCUCGCUGCCAUCCUGCCCACGGGCUACAGAGUGCUGCUAGUCGAACCUCACAGUCACUUCCACCACCUCUUCGCCUUCGUUAGUACAUCCCCGAGACGAAUCACUAACAGAAAGCCCCGUUUCGCUGUCCUGCCCUCGCACGAGCACAAGGCUUUCAUCCCGUACCGCGUGUUUGAGAACAACCUGAAUGCCGUGGUGCGCGCCAAAGCUCUUGAGGUUCACCCUGACCAUGUCGUUCUGGACCGAUCCUGGGAGGGAUCGACUCAGCUGCCGUUCUCCUACCUCGCCAUUGCAACUGGAACGCGCCUGACACCGCCGGGCACGAUGGUGUCAGAGGACAAGCUGCCCUCGGUGAAGUACUUCCAGGAGUAUCAGAACCGCGUCAUCGCAGCUUCGUCCAUUGUCAUCAUCGGCGGCGGUGCCGUCGGCGUGCAGAUGGCGACGGACCUGAAAGAGCUCUAUCCGUCCAAGAAGGUGACUCUGGUCCAGUCGCGCGACCGGGUCAUGCCCAAGUUUCACCCCAAGUUCAAUGAGCUCAUCAUGGAGCGCUUUGCUGAGUUGGGUGUCGACGUGAUCACGGGCAACCGCGUCGUUGUGCCUGAGGGCGGCUUUCCAAGCGAUGGCUCAACCUUCGCGGUGAAGCUCAAGGACGGGCGCGAGAUCGAGACCCAGCUCGUGAUCCCGGCCACGGGCCAGAGUGCGAACAACGAGCUCGUGCGCACCCUUCCCGACCAGAUCAACCCCGAGAACGGCUUCAUCCGCGUCCAGCCCACCCUCCAGCUCAAGGACUACCCGAACAUCUUUGCCGUCGGCGACAUUGCCGACACGGGAGCACACAAGGCUGCGCGCCCAGGUAUGGCGCAGGCUGCAGCUGUCGCGAAGAACAUUCGCUCUCUUAUCGACGGCAACAAACCGACAGAGAAGUACACUGUCUCGCCGGCGGGUAUCCAUCUGACUCUGGGACUGAACAUCGUGUUCCGCAACCCCGCCGCCGAGGGCGAGGAGCCGUCGUUUACCUGGCGCGAUGAGUAA